AUGUCAAAUCGAACGGGGCAUUUCCCGGCCGAACUUGGCGAAGAUGAGAUCUCUGGGCUGAUGACAAUGGUCAAGGCCCGCUCCGUCAACCCGGUAGAUUACGACAGAAAGAUCAACUUCUGGCGAGGCGCCAUCGAGAAUUCGUGCGCUUCGUCCAAGGAUGCCGUGAUCAGCGUUGACGUCAUCAAGAAAAGGUUCCGGAGAGGCGACGUCGUGCCGGCUUGUAUAAACGCGGUGAUCGAGAAUAUGAUUAGCACUGGCGACAUCAUAUCGGUUGACGAAUGGAAGGAAAAGCACUCUUCGUGGUUGCAAUGGGGUGUCACCCGGCUCUGGAAGACGAGUGGUUGGUUGCUUGGCGCGAGCGAUGACAGCAACAAUGAUUACAUCAAUCUACCGGCUUUGCAGAAACAAGCCCAAGAAAUCGUGCAGCUGUACGAGCAGGAGUUCAAGGACGAGCUCGACUCGACCGGAGAGGUCGUCGCCUGGGCCGAGUUGUACGACCGCGCCGGGAGCAUUGUCGAGACCGAGGAAAACUUUGAAUUUGCGCUGCAACUUCUCGCCGACCGGGGCGAUAUCCUUGUCGGAAAUGCGAGGAACGGAGAGAAGGUUAUCAAAUUCAAGGACACCAGAGAAAAGGGCCCGUUCCGCUUCACCGAAACCGACGCCUCGGUGCACGACAUUAAAAUCGCGCUAAAUAAGCUGCAGAAGGAGAUCCACACCCUGGAGGCGAAGGUGAAAAAGCUCGAGCUCGACUCUCGCGCGGCCGUCCGCGCCAGCGACAAGCACAAGGCGUACAAGCUGCUCCAGCAGAAGCAGCGUGUCACCAAGGACCUCGGGGCAAAGGAUGUGCAGUACCAGAAGCUGCUCGCCAUGCUCAACCAGAUUGGCAGUGCAAGGCACAACAACGAGGUCCUGGCCGCGUUCAAGAUGGGCACCGACGCGUUCAAGGCGAAUUUGGCGCGCCAUGGGCUCUCGCCGGAGAAGAUCGACGCCACGAUGGACGAGGUGCACGAGGCGGCCGACGAGUUCCGGGAGAUCGAAGAAGCCAUCGGCCAGGGAUUCGCGCAGGCCGACGCCACCAACAGCGAGGAGCUGGAGCGCGAGCUCGAGGAGCUGAUGAAGACACAGGAGAAACCGAAGGCCCCCGCCCGCAAGGCCGAUCCCACGCUCGACCUCCCCGCCGUCCCGUCGGGCAGCCUGAAGCGGCCGGCCACCAGCGACAUGACGCUCGAAGAUCGACUCAAGAAGCUGCGCGAGAUGGCC